CGCCUCCGUCCCUCCCUCCCCAGCUGCCUGCCCUCCCUGCCUUCCCCGUCCCGGUCUUCUCUUCCCGUCUGAGGUGGCGGCCGGUGCCCUCGUCGCCAGCUCCGCUUCCCCUCUGCCUCCGCUUCCCUCUUCCCUCGGCCCCGGCCUGAGCGCUUCCCCCGCCUCUUCAGGGUGGCCGCCUCGCCCCCGCCGCCUCGAGCGCCGCGCCGCCGCCUGUGUGUGGGCCUCCGUGCGCGCCCGGCCCCGCCAUGAACGAGGAGUACGACGUGAUCGUGCUGGGCACCGGCCUGACGGAAUGUAUCCUGUCCGGUAUAAUGUCAGUGAAUGGGAAGAAAGUUCUUCACAUGGAUAGAAACCCAUAUUAUGGAGGAGAGAGUGCAUCUAUAACACCGCUGGAAGAUUUAUACAAAAGAUUUAAAAUACCCGGAACACCACCAGCAUCAAUGGGGAGAGGAAGAGACUGGAAUGUUGACUUAAUUCCGAAGUUCCUUAUGGCGAAUGGUCAGCUGGUUAAGAUGCUGCUUUUUACAGAGGUCACUCGCUAUCUGGAUUUCAAAGUUAUUGAAGGGAGCUUUGUUUAUAAGGGAGGAAAAAUCUACAAGGUUCCUUCCACUGAAGCAGAAGCCCUGGCAUCUAGUCUCAUGGGGCUGUUUGAAAAACGUCGAUUCAGAAAAUUCCUGGUGUAUGUUGCCAACUUUGAUGAGAACGACCCUAGGACUUUUGAGGGCGUCGACCCUAAGAAGACGGCAAUGCGAGACGUGUAUAAGAAGUUUGACUUGGGCCAGGAUGUUAUAGAUUUUACUGGUCAUGCCCUGGCACUUUACAGAACUGAUGACUAUUUAGAUCAACCAUGUUGUGAAACCAUUAAUAGGAUUAAACUUUACAGUGAGUCUUUGGCAAGAUAUGGCAAAAGCCCGUACCUUUACCCACUCUACGGCCUUGGAGAACUGCCGCAAGGAUUUGCACGGCUAAGUGCUAUUUAUGGAGGUACCUACAUGCUGAAUAAACCAAUUGAAGAAAUCAUUAUGCAGAAUGGAAAAGUGAUUGGUGUAAAAUCUGAAGGAGAGAUUGCGCGCUGUAAGCAGCUCAUCUGUGACCCCAGCUACGUGAAGGACCGAGUAGAAAAAGUGGGGCAGGUGAUCAGAGUCAUCUGUGUCCUCAGCCACCCCAUCAAGAACACCAACGAUGCCAACUCCUGCCAGAUCAUCAUUCCACAGAACCAAGUCAACCGCAAGUCAGAUAUCUACGUGUGCAUGAUCUCCUCCGCACACAACGUGGCUGCACAGGGCAAGUACAUCGCCAUCGCCAGCACCACUGUGGAGACCAAGGAGCCCGAGAAAGAGAUCAGACCAGCCCUGGAGCUCUUGGAACCCAUUGAGCAGAAAUUCGUUAGCAUCAGUGACCUCCUUGUACCAAAAGAUUUGGGAACAGAAAGCCAGAUCUUUAUAUCCCGUACAUAUGAUGCAACCACCCACUUUGAGACAACCUGUGAUGACAUUAAGGACAUCUACAAGAGGAUGAUGGGAUCCGAGUUUGACUUUGAGGAAAUGAAGCGCAAGAAAAAUGACAUCUAUGGGGAAGACUAACAGCAGUACAUGUUAUCAUCUAAUUAGGACAGACUUAAAAUUUGGCAAAUGAUGCAUAUUGUAUGAAAUCAAUAUUGUAAGGCCUGCUUUUGUAAUCAAAACUGAGAGAUUGCAGAGCACUGUACCAGUAAAUAUUCCUCCCCUUUCUAAUAUCAUGUAUUAACUUCUUUUCAUGGAGUGGCUCUUCAGAAUUGGCAGGUUCCCACAUUCUGUUCCGUUUAACCAAUACUGGCUUGUUUUUUCUAGUGAAGGAUCGGUUUUAAAACAUUGUGAUACUGAUUCAGAGAACUUGAUACAGUAUUUGUAUCUUUUAAUCAGUGCGGCCUUUGCGGUCAUGAGCUGCUGCCGCUCAAGAGCUGGGUCAGUACAGUUCACGUGCCAUCUGUCCUUCCGGCAGUACGGAGAUUCGGGACUGGAUGCUCCGUGAUCGGGGACAGCAUGCCCCGCCCCUUACAUCAGGUGUGGUGACAGUCCAGCCACAAGCUCGGUUUACGUGGGCCUCCGAUUCUAACCAAACUCCAGGCUUGGAGAGUCAUUCUGGGGGAAGCCUGUGUGUGGUGUUUUAGCCUAAUAAAAUUGGUGAGAGCGGAGGGGAAAGAAACCGAUCAUAAAGCAGGUAAAUGUCAAAGCUUCUUUUGUACCCCAGGUGUGGCUUCUUCAGUGGACCAAGCUGCAACGCAGUAUUGACAUGACAGAGCCUCUGCUUCAAUGAUGUCUGUCUCACAAUGGCUCACAUGAUUUCUGUACUGCAAAAUAAAGCCAGACUCUGGAAACCAG